AUCAGUAUACGCGGUGAUCUAAACGUUGCCGUUCAAAAGUUACUUUUCAUUCAAUCAAUUUGACUGUUCCACCGAUAUCUUUUACUUCGAUUUAAAUUAAUGCGUUUAACAACAUUAUAUUAUAUAUGAACGAAAUUAUAAAGAGACAAAUGUGAAUGAGCAUUUCCGCGUGAGACGCUAUGUCGGAACUGACGUCAAUAUGUGACAAUGUGACGCGUCUUCAUCAGCGACAGCCAUUUCCGGUCUUGGCGGCGGAGCGAGCGCGAACAGCUCCAUCUGUGAGUCACAGUGCAUAAGUGGGAUGCUUGCGGUUGAUUGUAUACUGAGAAAAUUCGUAAGAGAUGGUGCUGAACGGGAAAUAUUGAGGUCCUGCUGAAUAGGUAUAUUGUUACUUUUACAAGUAUUUCAUAAUGGAAUCAGGAGUGAUUCAAGAAAAGUCACCACCUGUGCGUGGCUUGAAACAAGUAAAAGUGGACAAUUGGGGCUCAUUCUUUCUUCAAAGACUUCAGACUCUUUACUUGGAAGAACAGUUUCUCGAUCUUAAAAUUAAAUUUCCUACAAGUGAUAUUACUGUGCAGGCUCAUCGACUUGUGGUGACAACAUGUACAGAUUAUUUUAUGCAACUUGAGGAACAGCAAAGGAAAAAAGAUGAAAACUUCAACGGUGUAAUUAUUAUGCCUUCAGAUAUGCCUUACGAGUGUGUUAAGUCUAUUAUAAGUUUUAUGUACACUGGACAAUUGGAAUAUUGGACGUCGGAGCAACAUGCUUUGUAUCGUACAGCACAAAAGAUGAAUAUGACGGUUCUAACAAAAUUGCUCGAUGCUCAAUUUAAUACGAGCAAAAUACAAGAUGAAGCAAAAACACCAACGCGCCCAGUGCUAACCGUUUCAAAACCUUCAAUUCCAGCUACAAAAGCGAUUGUCAGUUCUACCAGUUCGACAUCGACCUUGCCUGGACAGCCGUUGCCAGGUAGAAAGCUUCCCAUAUGGAAGAGAAAGCUCGAUGAAUCUCCACCGACGCCAGCGAUGAAUUACGAAGUACGGACAUUCCACAGUUCAUCCUCAGGACAAAAGCAGGACACGACUCCUGGACCAUCCAGAUUCGAUCUCCCGGAAGCAGAUGAUAUUGCCCUAGGAGUAUUCUCUUCCUUUGACGAUAUUACAUAUAAUACAAAGCCUAUUGUUCAAGCAUCAGACAUAUAUAAAAAGGGAAACUCCUCUUGUAAACGUUCACCCGAUAGAGACAGUAAAAACGACACAACUGAGGACGAGGACGAUGAAAAUCAGGGGAGUGAAAAGAACUCGAGAGACGCAAAUUCGGAUGAUGAUUGGAGUAUAUCGAAGAAUUAUUCGAAAUCUCAGGAUGGUUCAUCUAAACGAGUACGUUUUGAUCUGGAGGAGAAGGAGAAUGUGGAAAAGUCUAAGACAAAUGAUCAUUCGGGUACCGAUGAUUCUAUUAACAAUCACGCAAAGAUCAUCAGAGAAGUAUUGAAAAAGUAUCCUCAUCUAGUGAAAAACAAUAAAAAUAUUCGCUUGAAGAUCAUGCAGAAGGAAGCAAAAUCCUCCGAUAGUAGUGCCACGAGCAAAACAAAAGUAUCUUACGUGGUUUUGAAAUCCGAUAAUUUGUUGUCGAGUAAUAACGACGAAAACGAUUCUAAGUGUAACGGCAAUAUCGAUGGCGAGACUGGGCCCUGGAAAUGCAACAAGUGUGAUCUGGACGAAGAAUAUACAAAUUAUUACAUGUACAGAAGGCAUAUGCAGGACGUGCACGAGGAGAAGUUUGAUCCGAGAGUUUGCGAGCACUGCGGCUACAAGGCGACCAAACGCAACAUUCUGAUGUACCACCUUUACACCAAGCACAAUGUGCCGCCGCCGAAGAGUAUGUGUUUCCCGAAAUGUCAGGCCUGUUCAUAUGUCGCCUUGUCGGAGACCUUACUGGUGCGUCACCAGAUAAACCAUAAUCAUCGUCCUGCUUCUCGACAUUCACUACCCGCGGAAGACAUUCAAUGCAGCCAGUGCAAUCAGUCGUUCAGGAGUGCUACAGAGCUCACUACUCACGAAUUGAAUACCGGACACAGCGGUACAACGGAUGGGAAGGAGUCGAAGGGCCACCGUUGUCCAUACUGUGGCAAGGUGUUUGUGCGUUUAACAAAUUUGCAAGUGCAUCUGGAUUGCGCACAUAAAGAUUUACACAGAGACACUACGGAGUCUUCCUCAUCUGCGCCGGCCAUUCCGUUAGAACCGUCAUCUGAAGCGGAGGCUCUCAGUCACGUUGCCAGCGGCAUAGCCGCCUCCCUCGGCGUAGGGGAUACGGAGACCGUUCCGCAGGAAGAAGAAACCGUGGAGAUAAUUUCUAAAACUGCGAACGAAACUCAAUACAUCGUGCCGGAUAUGUUGGAUGACAUGUCACACAACAUUAAUUACAAUGAGCACGAUUUGGAGAGUCAACACAUGAUCAUGUUAGUUAACAAUGACGAGAAUUAUGAACAUGUCGAAAACAAUCAUCAUCAGCAGCCGCAGCAGCUGGAUAUCGCCGAUAAUGAGCAAAUAGUGAUGCAAGGCACUGAUGACGGUAUGAUCGUGUAUAUUCAUGGUGCUGAGGAGGCCGAUCACCGGUCAUCCUAUGAGAAUUAUGAGUCUACCGAGGGUGUUCAAGAAACGGAAGAAAUAGUAGAGGAGGUUGUCGAAGAGGUCGAGGAGGUCGAGGAGGUCGAAGAGGAAGUUAUGGAGGAAGAGGCACAAGAGGUGUCUCAAGAAAUGUUAGAGGAUUGCCCUGAUAAUCAAGAAGAGGUAAUACAAUACGUCGAGGAGCAAACGGAGAUAGUAGAGUAUGACGAAGAACAAAGCAGCGAACAGAGCAAUAGUAUGGACGGCCAACAGGAGUCUGUCAUGAUCAUUGAGGAAGAGCAUGUCGAGGGUGAGGAAGAAGUGGGGCAGACUACUGAUAAGCAGCAACAUAAGAAAAUGCAAAGUUUCAGUACUGAAUGGGACGAAGAUAGCGCUGGGAUAAUGGAAUCAUGAAUACUGUAAUGCUGGAUUUUUUUUUUAUUUGCUUGUGUAAUGCAUUAUUAACUUUCACCAUGGCUGUAGUUUUAAUUUCAAACCAACACUUUAAUGGAAAUGUUUACUUUACAUUUUAUUUUAUCUAUAUGUCUGUUGAGAUAUAUAUAUAUAUAUAUAUAUAUAGCGAACAGUAAUGCAACGAGCUCGGCGCAGUCAAAUCGACUUUUUCACUUGACAUACAUUUAGCAGUAAGAGCUCACAAAAUUAAUCAAAUUAUUAUAUUUAGUGACAGAAAGGCGCUGUAUUCUUGAAAAUAUUGUAUGAGCUUGUGAAUUUUAUCGUUGCACCGACACACCGAUUAUUUCGUUGAUGCAUUUCUUAACAUAAGCUAAAAUCUGUAUUUUACAAAGGAAUAUAUAAUCUCAAUAGAAUUGAGAUUGUUUACAAUGGUUACGCUUUCGAGAAUCCGAGAUAAGAAUCUGUAAUCUUUUAAAGUUUUUUUUUCAGAUUACAAAUAUAUGUUCAUAUAUGCAUGUAGCUUAUUAAUAAAAUAUAAACUAAAAUUUAUAGAUUUAUUUUACAAGGAAAUAUAUGUUAGAUAUGCCAAAGUAUAUUGGUGACCGAUCAGUGACGUAAUUUUUUUUAAUACUAUUUUGCAGAAUAGAAAUAUAUUACAUGUUCAGAAGAAUUUUCACAGACCAUUGUUCCUCUCGGAUAUAAUCUGUAAUCUUUUAUACUGCAAUUGAUAAUAAAUUAUUUCUACAGGAGGCAAAGGCUAUAAUGAGAAUAAAAAUCUCAAAAAUUGUAAAUGCAUUAAGUUUUACAUUUUUGAUUGUGCACAAUUAUAUGCGAAAAUACAGAUGAAUAAAUACAAUAUAUAUUAUAAAUUUAUAUAGCAAGAUCUAGUCUUGUCUGUUUCGCGACGUUUUUUUUAUUCCAUCCUAACCUAAAUUAGAAACGUCUUUAUCAUUCAUGGAAGAUUUAUCGACGUUUUAGAGCAUAAUAUUUACAAGAGAAAAAAAUUCAUGUCAAUUUCUGCAAAAUGUAAAGAUAUAUAACUGUCAUUGUUCCAAAAUAAAUGACUGUUUAUAUGUCGAAUUUACCGUUCAACAUAACCAACAAGGAUAUACAUCAGCUGUUGUAACAUUAUGAGAAAAUUGUCAAGUGAGUUAUAAGUAUUUUAUAAUUUAUCAGUGUCUGUGACAAAUAUAUAUUUCGU